UGGCUGCUGGCUGUUGGCUGCUGGCUGUUUUGUUUGGGGGCAGGCGGCAAAAGAGGAUUUCUUUUUUUUUUGUCCGGGGGAAUCAUGCCUGUCCGGAGGGGUCACGUCGCGCCACAGAACACCUUUCUGGGAAUAAUUAUCCGGAAAUUCGAAGGACAAAACAAGAAGUUUGUCAUCGCCAACGCGCGGGUGCAGAACUGCGCCAUCAUCUACUGCAACGACAGCUUCUGCGAGAUGACGGGCUUCUCGCGGCCGGACGUCAUGCAGCGGCCGUGCACCUGCGACUUCCUGCACGGCGAGCUGACCAGCCGCCACGCCGUCUCCCAGGUGGCCCAGGCGCUGCUGGGCUCCGACGAGCGCAAGGUGGAGAUCACCUACCACCGCAAGGAUGCUUCUAUGUUUCUAUUUGGAAGCAUGUAG